UAGCAGUAUUCUGUGUCAUGCAUAUUACUAUACACAACUCUCUGCCUAGCUUUAAUUUAAGCUUCUCUUCUUUUUCUUCUUCUUCUUUAACUUAGCUUUUCCCGAAUAGAAUUAAAGGACAUACAGGGAAUUGAAUUCAAUUCAAGAAAAUGGGUGGCCUUGAGUAUCUUUCAAAACUCUGCGCAUUUACCACUACAGGAAGCAAAACCAAAUCAAUGCAGACGGUGGAGAUAAAAGUCAAAAUGGAUUGCGAUGGAUGCGAAAGAAAAGUCAGAAACGCCAUUAAACACAUCAAAGGCGUGAAAAGCAUAGAAGUGAACCGGAAACAAAGCAAGGUGACGGUGCGUGGAUUCGUGGAGCCAAACAAGGUGUUGAGGAGGGUAAAAGAGACAGGGAAAAGAGCAGAGUUCUGGCCGUACAUCCCAUACAACGUAGUGUACUACCCUUACGCCACGCAGGCGUACGACAAGAGGGCCCCAGCGGGCUACGUGAAGAACGUCCCGCAGGCGAUUGCUCCCCCUAAUGCUACUGAAGAAAAGCUGUCUUUCAUGUUCAGUGAAGAUAACCCUAAUGCUUGUUCCAUUAUGUGACGACGACGACGACGACCCUUCAUUUUUAGUUAAUUAUACUUCUGCCCCCUUAACUUUCUUUUGUUAGCACAAAGAGCCCGGAAUUCUUCUUUUCUUAUAUCUUCUUCUAUACACUUAAUUGAGGUUUUAAGAUCUAUAUAUGAUGUCAAAUUAAUUGGCAGGCGCAAUAUAAUUUUUCGUUGUAAUUG